UAUUUUACAGUUAUAGAAAAUAACUUUGAAGGGCUCGAAUAAUCGCAUAAUUAUUUUUUCUUUUUUUCCGGUUAAUAAUUUUAGAUUUUCUCUAUUUGAUUCCAUUACAAGAAAAGAUGGAGGAGAUCGGCUUGCAACCACAAGACAAGGAGGAUUCAAUAUUGGUGGAGUCCCGUCCAGGGACAUCUCAAACUGCAAGUCAUCUAGAUCCUUUUGCCUCAGAUGUUGAAGAUCUGUAUGUCAAAUACAAAGUAAGUAUAGGAAAUAUGGUCAAAUACCAUCUAGUAUAUUUGUCAGAUGUUUUACAAAAUUUAAAGAAAGGAUCAAAUUACUAUGUAAGAAUUUUGUCUACUAUUGAUCGAGAAUUGUUGAAACCAUCUGCCAGUGUAGCUCUCCACAAACACAGCAAUGCUCUAGUAGAUGUAUUACCACCUGAAGCUGACAGCAGCAUCACUAUGUUACAAGCAGAUGAGAAACCUGAUGUUCAGUACUCAGACAUUGGAGGGAUGGACAUUCAGAAGCAGGAAGUCAGGGAGGCAGUGGAGCUCCCCCUAACUCACUUUGACCUCUAUAAACAGAUUGGUAUAGACCCUCCCAGAGGGGUCCUUAUGUAUGGUCCCCCUGGCUGUGGUAAAACUAUGUUAGCAAAAGCCGUGGCUCAUCACACAACAGCUGCCUUUAUAAGAGUGGUGGGCUCAGAAUUUGUGCAGAAGUACUUAGGAGAGGGCCCUCGUAUGGUCAGAGAUGUGUUCAGAUUAGCCAAGGAAAAUGCCCCAGCUAUUAUAUUUAUAGAUGAAAUCGAUGCUAUAGCAACCAAAAGAUUUGAUGCUCAGACUGGAGCUGACAGAGAAGUGCAAAGAAUUUUAUUAGAGUUACUCAACCAGAUGGAUGGGUUUGAUCAGACUGUCAAUGUUAAGGUCAUAAUGGCAACAAAUCGAGCCGAUACUUUGGAUCCGGCACUUCUACGACCAGGUCGUUUAGAUAGGAAAAUUGAAUUCCCUAUCCCCGAUCGUCGACAGAAAAGAUUAAUUUUCUCCACCAUUACCAGUAAAAUGAAUGUGAGUGAGGAGGUGGAUCUAGAAGAUUAUGUGGCCAGACCAGACAAGAUUAGUGGUGCUGACAUUAAUGCUAUAUGUCAGGAGGCAGGGAUGCAGGCUGUCAGAGAAAACAGAUAUAUAGUGCUGGCAAAAGACUUUGAGAAGGGUUACAAAAACAACAUUAAGAAGGAUGAAACAGAACAUGAGUUCUAUAAGUAACUUUGUGUGAUAGAAAGAAUUUCUGUAUUAUAUCAAAUAAAAUUUUCAAUGUU